AUGCCUCCCAAAAGAUCAACCAACGCUCAGAGUAAACGCACUCACGAUGGGCUCGACAAUGGCCAGCCUGCGUCUAUAAGCGCCCGAACCAAUGAAGACGCAGCAGCGGAGCAAGGUGAGAGCUCUCAGGCUCCAAGAGGUUCGCGCAAGCGUUACAUUCCCCGUGGCCCUAAGGAUAAGGCUAUAAUACCCCAAAUCAUGCCCCAUGAGUGUGCAGAGUCAAAAGCCAUCGAAGCGAUUCCCAUGCCUUCACGAUGGAUCGCUGGCAUUGACGCUACUGCUGGUCGCGGGAUGACCCUCGGUAGUCGCAAGUGCGAUGAUAAGGGUGAGGACGAGGAAGAGGGAGAAGGCGAGACUGGAAAUGACGCUGAGAAGGAUAAGUAG